AUGCCAUCCUAUGAUCCGUCCAAAAAAGCAGACGGCCGAAAAGGGAAGUCUAAAGGCCCUGCACAUGACAAGCAAUCAGACCAACCAUCAGGCUCCUUUUUAUGGGUGAAUGAUCAAAGAGACCAAGGGCUAGAUGCUUUAUCUGCGGGCAGCAAAUUAUCUUUUGUCAGAUCUCGAAACAAUCGACUACGGAGAGAAGCGCGAUUGAAUAAUCUGAAGACGAGUGUGAAGCCUUUCCAGGGCGGACAGCCUCCUUUUGCCCAGGAGUUGACCACAUCCAGCCAGCGGUGCCAGCUAUGGCAUUGUACCAAUCCACAGCAUCUACAUGAGUCUUCUAUUAGAAUCAAUCCCCAGGCAGGCUUGAUUGAAGCUUUCCCUUUCGUGUCUCCCAACACGAACCAGAGUAUAAGCUUUUACUACCACUAUUAUCGGGUAUAUGCCUCAACUGGAAGUUUUCCCCUGAGCUCUGACGUUAUGUCGGUCUACUUUUUCCAAGAAGCCAUGAAGCAACCGGCUUUGAUUGAUGCCCUUUUAUUUAUGAGUGCAGCUAGUCGCACAUCAACUUUAAAAUUCGAAAAUGCUUCGCCACUUCUACUUCAAAGGACCGUUCAGGACUCUAUUCAGCUGCGCUCACGGGCAGUCAGAUCGCUCCAAAGUUUCUUGAUGAGCUCGUCGAAGGUGUUUUCCGAGCGGACAAUCCUAGUCGUAGCGCAUCUCUUAGGUGUCGAAUGCGCUGAGGCUCAUACCGAGGCUGUCAAUGCUCAUCUUAACGGACUGCAGAACUUGGUCAAGGGCUUAGGCGGCCUAGAUAACAUGAGUAUCCGGACGCUGUCCACUCUAUACACGUAA